AUGGGCAUGGUUCAUGUAACCAGUGGUCGGGCGAAUUUCACCUAUGACGAUUUGAUUAAAUCAAACUCGGUGCCAGUGCCUCAGUCAUUUAUUCCGAAGAGUUUACUCAAGCAGAUGCUUGUAAGAGAAAAUGAAUUACGUUUAUCCGAUGAAUAUCAAAAGCAAUUCAGUGAAGCCGAACAAAGCUCUUCGUCAUCAUGGUUGGACGUCGUGAAUGAAUUACAAAAACAAGUGAUACGAGAGUUUCACCUUGAUGAAGAAAUGGACGCUGCAUUGCUAUGUUUAAGAUGUGCCACCCAAAUUUAUCCUGAUUUGAAGGAAAUUCCAUUCUAUACAAAAUACAAUCGAGCUACCGAUGGAAAUUUACAAAUCGGAGACAUCGUGCCCAAUGUUCCCAUCGUUCAAGUCGAUGGAAAAGAAGGUCAAUUAUUCGAUGGAUUGAAAUCAACUUAUUAUGAAUUGAUCAAUUUUCGCUUUGUUUAUAUUCUCGAAGCACAUGCACAAGACGAGUGGCCAAUUAGUAGUGCACGCUGGAGUCCAACACAAAUGCCAAUAAAAUAUAAUCAAACUCGGACAGUUGAAGAACGUAUAGCAGUUACAAGAGAUUUCAUUCGUGAUUUUAAUCUCGAAAUGCCAAUUGUGAUUGAUAAGCCUGAUGAAAAUCUAUUUGAAAAGUUAUAUUCUUCAUGGCCGGUGCGAAUCUAUAUUAUUGACAAAGACCAUCGCUUAGUGUACAAAGCACAGCCAAGUGAAACAAUGUUAGAACUACGAGAAUUGAUUGAUCAUUUGAGAAUAAUCGCAGAAUCCAACGAAUAG